GGCAGGCUGUAAGCGUUCAAGGGCUGGAUACGUCCAUUGGGUGUGGGGGAUUCUUGUGAACAACGAGCAGAAACCUGAGCAGAAAGGGGAGGAGGCAAAGAAAGUGGAAACGAAAAUACUUCACACUUGAGCGAGUGCCAAGGACAAAAUCGGACUGUAGGAAACAUUUCUGCGUUAGUAUGGCGUGGAUUCUUUGUCGUUCCUCGUUCAAUUGACCGUGUGCUGCUGCCAGUGGCAGUGCUGGCAGGUGCGGGAGCCCAUCCCAUCCCCGUGUCGACAUCGGGGUGUAUUAGGAGCUAAGUGGAGGGUUAGCGAGGACUCCUUAGACUGGAGGAAGCGGCGUGGUGCCAGUCUGGGCUGGUCUCUGCGAUUACGUCCCCGCGGGUGUGUCAGCUAAAAGCCCCAGGGAGUGGUGCAGCACUGACACACGCGAGCCUAGCGGAGCCCGAGCGGCCACGGCGUCAGCUGGGGAGCGAUGGCAUCGGCAUCUCCCACUGCAGCCACCUCGCAGUCCACCCUGCCCUCCGGACCGGUCGUCUUUAAAACCAUCCCCUACGCCUUCAUCCUGCCGGAGAUAAUCUGCGGGGCCUGGGUUUGGAUCCUCGUUGCUGCUACCUCAGUCUCCUUCCCACUGCUGCAGGGAUGGGUUAUGUACGUGUCCCUCACCUCCUUCCUCAUCUCCCUGUUGCUCCUCCUAAGUUACCUCUUCGGCUUUCACAAAAACAGCAACAACUGGAAAGUGCUGGAUAGUUUGUACCACGGUGCCACAGCCAUUCUGUACAUGAGCGCUGCUGUCUUGCAAGCCAACGCGACAAUCAACUCGGAGUUCAGCUUCAGCUCACCACGCUACUACCAGCUCAACUGUGCGGCAUCGGUGAGUCAGUCCAGAAGCACACCAGCAGCUUCUCCCGGGGAGAGCAGAAGCAAAUAUGACUUCCAAGGCAGCGACACUCCAACCCAAGCCUGUAUCACCCAGCGGCCUCAGCUGCUUUUGUCCAUCACACUGUGCAGCCAGCAUAAGGGGGUUCUUGGGGCUCAGCAGCUCAGGGACAUCCUGAGCAAUGUGGGGGCUUUGCUUCUUCUGUGAGGCUGGAGGGAGCUC